UUGGCCCUGCCUCACAAUAAGCUUACAGGACCUAUUCCGAAAUGGAUAUGGUCACUCACCGAAUUGCUUGUUUUGGACCUAGAAGUAAACGAGCUAAAUGGCGUAGUCACUGAAGAUCACCUAAAAAGCCUGAGAAAUUUGAAGAUCUUAAUUUUGGGCAAGACACUUCUUCAGAUCAAGGUCAGUCCGAAUUGGGUUCGUCCAUUCAAACUACAAGCAGUUCUGUUAGAUGGUCUGCAGAUAGGGCCAGCAUUCCCGUCAUGGCUUAGAUCACAGACAGGCCUUGAGCUCCUUAUGAUUGCAAAUGCAAGCAUAACUACAAUCCCAAAUUGGGUUUGGGUUGCAUUUUCAAGGGCAGAAGUUGUGGAUCUGUCCAAAAAUCAGAUAACCGGCACACUACCAGCAACAAUGGAAUUUAUGGCAGCAGAACUUAUCAUUCUAUCCAACAACAGAUUUACCGGUGCAGUUCCAAAAUUUCCAAGAAAUAUUAAAGGCAUGUACUUAUCAGUGAACUCUUUAUCAGGGACAUUGCCAUCAGAUUUCGGAGCCCCGUUAUUGCAGGAUCUUAGUCUUUAUAGCAAUUCAAUAUCAGGCCCCAUUCCAUCUUCAUUAUGCUCAUUGACACAGCUGACUCUGCUAGACCUAUCAGGCAACAAGCUGACAGGAGAAGUUCCAAAUUGCAAAGAGGAUUCUAACUCAACCAUGCAUAACCUUAAUAUGGUAAAUUUGAAUACCAACAACCUGUCAGGAGAGUUCCCAGUAGUCUUUCAAAGCUGCCCCAACCUUGUUUUUGUUGAUCUUUCAUAUAACAAAUUCUCCGGAGACCUACCUGUCUGGAUGGGCGUGAAGUUACCGUACUUAGCACUGUUACGUCUGCGGUACAAUAUGUUUACUGGCCAAAUUCCCAUUGAAAUUGGAAAUAUUCAAGAGCUACAGUAUAUAGAUCUUGCACACAACAACUUCUCAGGAAGCAUGCCGGAAUCAUUAGUUAACUUGAGUGCAAUGGCCCGCACUUCUCAAUAUAGUUAUGUUCUUAAUAAUGCCAUCGAUCACAGACAAGGGCCUCAUCUGUACAACGGAGUAUUUGCUUAUAUCUUUUUGGGGGAAGGAGUUCCUGUUCAUACUAAAGGUCAACAACUUGAAUUUUUUUAUGAAAUCUCAGAUACGGUGGUUCUUGAUUUGUCAUGUAACAGUUUAACCGGAGUGAUCCCUCCAGAGAUUGGUUCUCUUGCUGGACUAAGAAGUCUGAACUUUUCGUGGAACAGCUUAAGUGGUGCUAUCCCUGAGAAGAUUGGUAAACUCAUGCAAUUGGAAUCUCUUGACCUGUCAAACAAUGAGCUUUCAGGCGAGAUCCCUUCAAGCAUGACUGCUCUCACCUCUCUAAGCUAUAUGAACAUGUCAUACACCACUCUGACUGGAAAGAUACCAACUGGAAAUCAAUUCCAUACUUUUGACGCAUCUGACUACAUUGGAAACAUUGGUUUAUGUGGUUACUCCUUGACGAACAACUGUACAGGAAAUAGUUCAAGUGGACCUACACAUGCAGAUCAUGGAGAUGGAUCCGAUCAUAUAUCCUUCUACCUUGGUUUGGCUGUUGGGUAUAUCAUGGGCCUUUGGGUGGUCUUCUGUGUGAUGUUGUUUAAAAAAAGAUGGAGAACUGCUUAUUUCAUAUUUGUGGAAGGGCUGCAGGACAAGAUUUAUGUGGCAGUGGUACUGAGAUGGGCCAAUCUGAAGAGGAAAGUAGGUAAAACUUAA